AGACUUGGUAUCAAUGACAUUAAGGACAAACCUUGCAUACGCCUGCCAGAAAGAAAAAGUAGAACUGAAAUGCCCAGAGUCUACUGUAAUCGGCGUACAGACAGCAAACUAUGGCCGGCGAUUGUCAAGUCGGUUGAUGUGUCCUGAUUUCAUGAACAUGUUUAAAGAAGACUUUGAGGAGGAUGUUAACUGUCACGCCAGCAACUCAUUACAGACUCUGGUGAACCUAUGUGAUGGCAAGAGGGAGUGUGCGUUCAGGGUAACCGAUGAAGAGUUUGGUGGAGAUCCGUGUCCCGGGACUAGCAAGUAUGCAGAAGUCACCUACAAGUGCAAGCCACGUGUUUAUAUUGAAGCUGUACAAUGCGAAGAUCAACAGAUGCAGCUUGUGUGUAACAACAACGAAUUGCUAGCGAUCAAAUCAGCCAUGUUUGGACGAGAGGCAAAUGUAAAGAAUGGCAUUUGUCCAUCAUAUAGUAUGAAGAAUAUAGGUUGCGAUUCUCAGAACGCUGUGGAGGAAAUGAUGAUGCGUUGUCAUGGCAGAAGACAGUGUACAGUAAAAGCAAGUACAAAAGUUUUCAAAGCCGGGUGCGAACCGGGCACCGACAAGUACCUCAAGGUAGUCUACGCUUGUGUUCCAAAGAAGGUUUUCAAUCGGCCUCACCGAUUUUCUGGUAUGCCUGAAUCCGCAAAAAAUAUACGCACUCAGGACACUGAAAUUUUUGGAACGCAAAAGGAUGCACCUAGCCCAGUGACGGAAGACGUGGCGCACACACCCGUUGCUCCAGGUAAGCGAGGUGCUGUUGACCACGCUCAGACAGAAGGCAGUGCUUCUCUAGGCCCAAGUAUUAACAUUUACCCUCCAAAAGUGUCCAACCGCCCCAGGGGAAUAAUGGCUGAAAUCACUACAGAAUCCUGGAUGGCAGUUAACUCCACAAGUGUACAACCUGGUGCCAUUCAAGGCAGAGGAAUUUUCACAAGCAUGUUGACAGUUUAUGGGCAUAUUGCAUCCAAUAAAGAGGAAUUCAUUCUCUAUGUUGUACUUGGUGUCUGUAUUGGGAUGAUUCUGGCCUUGAUUUUUUUUGUUUUUGAUCUGAAAUGGAAAAAUAAGAAACUGAAGAAGAAAGUUAAAAGUAAAAAUCCAGCUUCCGAUUCAGGCAACAAUCAAUCUACCACUGGCAGUGGGAAUGAUCAUACAGACAAUAGCAGACCAAGGACCGUGCAUUUAAGUAUUGACGAAGCUGAUCGAAUGGAUAUUAAUGAAUUAUGGAGGACAAUGACCCCUACAUCCACUUUGCAGAGACGAGAAAAUAACAACAAUCGCGUUACCUCACAGGUCUGGAGUACGCCACCACCGCACUUAAGCAGUCGCGAGGACAAUUCGCAUGCUUCGUCGGAUAACGGCCCCACAAAUCGUCAAAUGGAGAAUAGUGUUCAUCAUAGUCUAGAACGGGGAAGUCGCUUUCAAACACUAGAAAGGGACUACGGAGGAUAUGCACGGAUCCCGACUAUAGAGCCAGACAGUGGACUUUAUGCAAGAAUUGAUAGUCCUCCUCAAACUCACGCAACUACAAGUUUUACUUAUUCAAACCAUAACAAUGGUAAAUCUGAUAAAGAUGAAGAGAGAGAUGGAAGUCCUCAUUAUCGUCCAAAUAUAGGACGGGAUCACAAAACACUGGAACGAAGUGCAAGUUCGUAUGAUAACGGACCGGUAUAUAGUCAACCUAGAGAGCACCCGUUCAAAAUAAAUUCAUCCCGCAAACCACAACCAGCAACUCCUUAUAGUGGCUUAUAUGCAACAGUCCAACCUAAAUCAAUGCGCAAUGGUGGGAGUAAUGCCAAUAGAUUAGACCGUAGCACAUCGCUAUCUGGUCAACCUAUAACAACGUCAGUACAAGAAGUAGAUCAAAGACAACAAUAUUCAGUCAGUGGUGCCAUUCCAAAACAAACUAAACCCGCCAAUGGCAUUGUCCACAACCAGGACCACUCCAUUCCUGCUCCCAUGAACAAUGAUAGUGGUGUGGGUAUGGUGGUAAUGAAUAGCAUAGGACAUGAACACAAGGAAUCUGAGCAGCCUUCAAAGCAAGAAACAGAACCAGCAUCUACGGACAAUUUAGAAUUUGAUCUAGAUCAUGCGCUUGAGAAUAUUCUCGGGCCUGGAUUCGGGAAUUUCAAUGAUAUCUGGAACCGCGACAAUCUACCAGGAACACAGAACCUUAACAGCUAUUUCUAGAGGGUGUCCUACACCAAUGUUUUAUGGCAUUUGGUGCAGAAAUCCUGAGUAGCAUUGUUAAUUUAUGGUGAAAUUAUGACAAUAUUGAUUGUGCUGUUUCAGAUAUUCACUGAGUUCCUUAACAGUAUAGUUAGCUAAGUUCUGACGGGGAAUGUUAUUAAACAGAAGUCUUGUAGAUGCUCCUAUGUUUAUAAUUAAUGAAAGAACCAAUUCAGGUAAUAAUUAAUUAGAUGUUGUAUGUUUACAUGUUGUAGUGUGCAAGCACAAAAACUGGUUAAGUCUGCUUGUUCUUCUUGUCUUAUGAGCUGGAAAAAAAUACUAUUUUGUAAAUAAAAUUUGUGAUUAUUUGUUUUUUAUGCUCGAUAGUAACUGCAGGCUUAAUAAUGACAAUACAGCAUAUAUUUAUUCAAAGCCAUUUGUCUGUUUCUUUCAAAUGAGAGUGACAUGCGACAUUAAAUAUUACCAAUAGUCACUGGAUUUUAAAAUGACAGAAUUUAGUUUAAAAAUAGAGGGCGCUUGUCAAAUAUUGUAAUGAAUUUGUAUGUUGCAUCCACUUGUAAGUGUCUGAUCAUAUGAACAUUUCUUAAGCUCACAAGGUUAUUCUUUUAUAAUUUAGCUGUAUUUUUGUAUGUUUGACUUGCAACUCCUCAAUCAAAACCAAUAAAUUUAGUAAAAAUCUUUUUUAAAAUCACGAAAAGUUCCUUUUACAAAUUGUGUAAAAUUGUUCCUGAUUUUCAUUUGUUAAUAAUUUACCUUUGGUGAUUUGUGCCAAACUUUUGUCCGGAUAAAUCGUUUGUUUUUUUUUAUAAUUGGCUCAGAGACUAAUCUAAAUUAUGAAUGAUGUAAAUUAUAAUAACAUUGUAGAAUAAAUAAAUGACUCAAAAUUGAAUAAUAAUUAAUAUUAUAUAGCUAAUAUACAGCUUUUGUAUAAAAAUAUGGCUGUGUGUUAAAAAUGUGUGAAAGACUAUAAAAUCAAACCAGCUUUUUUGGUUAUUUAUUAUGUACAGUAUAUUGGGUGCUAAUGGUAAACUUUUUCGUGUAAAAAAAUACUUUUUUAUAAAGAAACCUUUAUUAUUUUUAAAUCUACUUUGGACCUAAUAUGAUGAGACCAAAUUUAUUAUGUUAAUGUUAUGGUUUUUGUUAAAAGCUCUCUAUGGGUGAAACUUUUUUAUUUUGUUGUUUUACUUAUGCAAUGGUGGUCUAUAAAAUUUGUUGCCAAAUUAUAGUUUUGUUCAUAAUUUAUCAUUUGUACAUUUUCAUGGAGAGUGUUUCUCCAAUGCAAAUUUAGUUUAGAAUUUAUCAGGGUAUUUUACAUUUUGUACAGAUAUGACCAAAACUAUUUAAUUAUUGGUCAUAGAAUGAAGAGGACUUAUUGCUUAUGUAGAAUGUAGUUUCUAUUUGCCUCAUUUGAACAAAGCUUACUUCUUAUGUCUCAAAAAUUGUACAAUUUAAAGUAACAGAAAACUUGCAUGGUAAACUAAAAUUAAUGGGUGCUAAAUUUUGUAAUUUGUUCUUUUUAAAGAGGUUAUUUCUUAAAAAGCUGCCAUAUUAAGUAGGUUUAGAAAAUAUCUAAAUCCUUUGAAAGAAAACAAAGACAAACUAUGUUAUAUGAUAAUAAUGUAUGCUUAAGUCUUCCAACUUGCUAUAAUAAAUUGCUUGUUUAGAACCUAUUAUAUUUUUAUAUUAAAGCUGCUGAAUUUGAGAUUAUGUUAGGCAAAAUUUUGUCCAUUAUUUGCUAGCUUUCAGUUUCCCACCGAAUUUCCUGAAAUAAAAAUUGAUUUUGAUAAAAUUUAAUCGCCUUGCUAUUGGAAGCUUGAGCAUAUUUGGUUUAUUCUAUAUUGCUCUUAGAUUAGGAGAAAAAAAAUUAAUUCCAUAUGGUAAUUAUCCAGAGAUUUAUUUAGAAUUUUUUUAGUAGUCCAUUCCAUUCAUAUAAAAGGUAUGUAACCUUUUAGAUCUUCCCACCAUAUAGUACUGUAGUUUCUCAUCUGUAAGUGCGCCCGCUACAUUACGGCCAAUUUUACAUACUCCUGUAGGGUAUAAUUUGAAUGAACAGCUUAGCAAAACAUUACAAUUACUUUCAGAAAAAAAAAAUUACUCUCAGAAAAAAAAAAAAUUUAAUAUUGUCUCUGCAUUACCCAUGCAGUAUUGAAGAAUUGGAUUGAGAAGGGGGCUGCCAGGAUAAUAGCUCACCCACUCCCAUUCUAAAAUCGGCCUAAUUUUGUGUUCCAGGGGAUGAGUAUACCAGAGGAAAUAUGGUAGUAAUCUCAAUAGAGGAAUCAUUGAAAGGUGAUUCUGCAAAUGCUGAAGUAAGCCUUUACAGAUCACAACUAAAUUCUCCUACAGUAUACUGGAAAAAGUAUGUAGUUUUAGUGCAAUAGAUAUUUUCCAAAAUGUAUAUUUAUUUGGUAGUUAUUUUUGUUAUUGUUGUGGUAUGAUUGUGCUGUUUGAAAGUAAAGCUCGGUUUCCAUAGAAUCGCUCACCCUGUCGGCAACAGUCACUGACAGCUAUCGGGCUGGUUGAACCUGGUUCAACUUUGCCGAUUGUGUUGCAGACGAAUCAGGGUGCCUUCCUGAUUGUGUCGGGGCAACUAGCAAUGCACCCUAAAGUUGAACCAGGUUCAGUCUUCCCGACAACUGUCGCUAUUAGGGUGUGAUUGUAUGGCAACCGCACUUUGGCCUAAAUUAGUUGGAAUAUAUGCUGGUGAAUUUGGGGUUAGGCUCAUUAUGCUCCACCCUUGUUGCUGACACUUGUAACCAAUCAUGUUUUAAGAAAAGUAUUUAAUUUUAAUGAAUUUUAAGCAUUUAAAUCUAAUAAUUUUAAUAAUAAAAAUAAUUUAAUGAAAAGCUGUAUUCAUAACUAUAAAAAGAGUGUUUGGAUUUCUUUACUCAUGAAAUUUAUUAAUAUUAUUGUAAUAAGAAAUGUUUAUUGUAAUAAGAAAUAUUAUUAUUAAACUAUUUCAUUAUUUUGAUGGGAAGCAAUCAUUUUAUUGUAGGUACAUACUAUUGUAUAUACAUGGAGUUAUUGGCAAUACUAUGCCAACUUUUAGUAGCUGCUAUAAAAUGCAAACAAUGAAAAUUCUUUGGUUUUCAUUGCACAGAUAAUAUUAAUAAAAAAAUGAUAUUUAUGUGCAAAGAGAAAUAUGUUCCGUAAUAAAAUUUCUGAUAUUGUUGAUUCUAAAUUUGAUAAUAGCUAUAUGGUAUAUACCAAGAAUUAUUCGGCCGUUCCGUGGCAAAAACAACGUAACUUGAAAUUUUCUGCCGCGUAAUCUUGUAAUUACAUUGUUUUGCCACAGAAAAUCACUAAAUUUUAAGUUUUGUGCUUAAAGAUAUGUGGUACUAUCUCCGAAACCACUCAUUAUAGAGACCUGAAAUUUGUACAGGUCAUUCAGACGUGUUUAAUAUACUCCCAAAUGAUAUUAUCUCAAAAUGGACAAAAAUGUCAGUUACGUUUUUUUUUGCCUCGGGACGGCCGUAUUGCUUACAAAUAUUCAGAUUUCAUGAGUCUGGAUAAACCCUAUCCAGACUAUCAUAUUUUAUGAAAAUACUGUUGUAUGCCCAUAUAUAGUCAUGGUGAGCCUAUAUAUGGUCAUGAUGUGGUGUCAUCAUGACCAUAUUUAGGCAAGUCACAUGUCAUGUGUGUGCCUAGUUGCCCUUUUAUUCAGUAGAACAAAGUAUUUCAAUGCUGUUUUAGUAGUUUUACUCUGGGUUGACUCCCAAUUGUUUUUGUAAUUUUUUUUUAAAAGAAGUGUUUUUAUGAUUUUAAUGCUUAUGCAACUGCACCCACUUUAAAUGUUGCUCAUUAUACAAAUGAUAUUAUGAAUUUAAUGAAUUAUUAGCAAAUAUUCGCAUUAGUUAGAAAUGAUCAUGCAAGAAAAUUUCACGUGUAAAUAUAAAGUAUUUAUUUGUUUUGAACAUUUUCUGUCAAACAAAAGUUAUAUUCUAAGAAAUGCUUGCUAUUAACUUGUUAAAAAUAAGACUGAGAACUUGAGUUGAAUAUUCCAAUUAUGCCAUUAUGCGCAAUAUAAAUACCAAAACAUGUCUAUUUCUGUGAUGGUGGUUUAUAUAUUAUUAUAUUAUAUUUAAAUAAGUUCAGUGUGUGUGUGAAGGGUCUAGGAAUGGUGUAUACUUCAGAAAAUUGGAAAGCUGUUGGUGAGCACAUACCUGUGUCAGAAAUUUGUUAACAAUUUUAAUAUAUUUUACAGUUUUAAUAUUAAUAUGAUGGUUUGCUACUAUCUAAAAUUUAAAAAUGUAACCGUCUUUUCAUUAUAGAAGGUGCCCAAUAUACAGGUAUUAAUGUUACAUAAAUUAAUCUUGCAUAAAUGAAUGGAAUUUUUAAUGUUGCAUAAAAUUAAUUUAUGCAUUCUCAUAUUUUUUAAGGCAGGGUCUAUUAUUAUGCAGAAGAUUAUUAUAUAUGCGUGAAUAAUUUUGGUAGGAUUGUAAUUUUUUAUCAUGUCCUACUCCUUAAACCAUGUAAUACUUUAUCAAAUUGAAUGUAUAUAUUAUUGUUAUUUGUUUCUAAAUUGAUUUAUGUUUUACAUAUUUUCUAAUGUAUUAGAAGAAAAUAUCUAGGAAAACCUGAAGUUUAUUUCUUUUUUCAAAAUAAAAUCCAAAACAAAGUA